UGAUCGUGCGUAGACGGAGGACGAAUCGAGAUGAAUGGAGUGUUUGGCGUGGCACAGCGUCCUUUUAAUCGACAGUAAAUACGAGACGUAUUCAAUAAAAGUCAGUCAUGGCUAAUCCUAUUCUUACGGAUAUGACAGAGGAGGAUGCGGCGGAUCUCCAGUUUCCGAAAGACUGUUUAUUGAGUCCAACAGACAAGUCUGAGCAUGACGUAGAAGUCGAGGUGUCAGUCUUGAAGGAUAAAAUUUUUGCCUCAGAUCCAAAAUGCCGCGUGUGCAGGUCUACUCUCGUGGAACCAUACAUUCGUUGCGCCAUAUGCAGCGACGAUGUUGAGAUAUGCCCUCCUUGUUUCGCCAAGGGCUGUGAGAUCAACGAACACAAGAACGAUCACGAUUACGUGAUUAUAAAGAACGAAUUUCCUCUGAUCGACGGCAGCAAUUGGACAGCUAAGAAUGAACUCGAGUUGCUGAAUGUUGUUCAACAAUGCGGCUUUGGAAACUGGAUAGACGUGGGACGUAGGAUGCAUGGAAAGUCGGCUGAAGAAUGCAAGACGCAUUAUUUGCAACAUUACAUAGACAAUCAGACUCUGCCGGGCUUGCCGAGGAUUGAGGAGAGCAGAGCGAGUUUAUUUGGUUGCGAACCGAUUCCUUACAUGUACAAGUUGCAAGAUCUGGAAGAACCUCCUAGAUUCGCCCCGAACACGUUCAACGGCAGACUACUGGCGGGUUAUAACGCGGCUAGGUCAGAUUUCGAAGUAAAUUUCGAUCAUUACGCGGAAUCGCUGGUAUCCGAUCUCGAAUUGGAUGAAUUUCAACCGGGCGACAACGAUUACGAGUUAGGGCAGGCCUUGCAAGCGGCGAUAGCGCAAGCAUAUAACAACAGAUUAAAAGAACGCAUGAGAAGACGGAGAGUUGUACGUGACCACGGACUAAUCGCAUUUCGCAAGGUCAUGUCGUCGAUACAGAGAUAUGAGAAUAUGAUAACGAGACCGUUCGCAGAGAGACUGUUGAUAUUCAUGCAGCUUGUGGACGGGAUGGAAUUUGAUUUUCUCAUGGAGGGUCUUAACCGCGCCGGUGAACUGAAAAAUCAUAUCAGUAGGCUACUGGACUUCAGGCGAAACGGUCUCAAGCACUUCUACAGCGUACCCACGUUUCAAAAGCUGAGUAAACUGAGACAGGAGAACGAGCGAGAAAAGAAGCUGUAUCUGAACAAUCCGGAGUACAGCUGGAGAAGUCUGUUGCCCGAUAGCGUUGUUAGCUGCAGCAGUCCGAUUCUCGGAAGCGCGUCGCAACGUAAAACUGCGCCCCCUCUUGCCAUAAAGGGUUUACCAGGAUACGAGAAACUGAGCGCUGAUGAGAGAGAGCUUUGCUCCGUCGUGAGAAUCGUGCCUACUAAUUUUUUAGACUUUAAGCAGCUCUUGAUAUUGGAAAGCAAGAAGAACGGUUAUCUUAGAUUAGCCCAGGCCCGUAUCCUCCUAAAAAUCGACGUGAACAAAACGCGAAAGAUAUAUGACUUCCUGGUGGAAAAGGAAUACAUAAAUAAGCCUUCUUAAUGAUUAUUUUAAAGUAACUGAUACAGAAAUAACAAUAACACGCGAAUACUGUGAUAGUACAAAUUAAGUUAUAUUAAAUGUUCGGUAUUUAAUAAUAAUAAUAUUAUAAUAAUAUUAAAAAAAUAAUAAUUUUAAGUUUUAACAAUUUCUGAUAAAUAAAGUUUUACAUUUAGGGAAGUUUGUGAAAUAGAUUUCAAGUCCUCUUUUCCUUCAUCCUAUUAUCUUUAUUAAGAUUUUCGUCAUUAAUUAAAUAACGAAGGCGCUAAAUUCCU